AUGACUGAUUCCGGUGCAUCUGAUCAAAAUGGUUUGGGACUUGUCACUGUCCUGAGAGAUGAACCCGAGACUUCGGAAGGAAUGGAACCAAUCCCUUAUGAUGUACACAUUGCCAAUUUGAUGCAAAAAAUGGCCGAUAUGCAAAGUGAGAUUGAUCGACUUCGAAACCUCACUAAUUUGUCCAUCACUUUGAACACGCCACUUCCCGAGCAGGGAACAAACACAGCUACCCCGCCUCUUUUUCCACAUGUUGACUCUCCUACUCCUCAAUAUUUUCCACCAAACCCUUCCCUUCACAAGACCAAUCCAACUGCUUCCAAACAAUCCACCAACCCUCAACAACCCAACUUUCCACAAAACAAUUCGCAACAAGCCAACCCUUUACCCUUCACUACCCCAUAUGCUCCCCAAACUUCACUUACCCAAACUCCGGUCAUCCAAACUAACCCACUUACCCAAACUACCCCACUCACCCAAACUGCCUUACCUUCCCAAAAAUACCAAACGACCCAACAUAUACCGGUGGCACACACUGCAAUCCCUAACAUGCAAUAUGUGCCUCAAGUAUAUGUAGCGGAAGCUCAACCUUUCCUUAAUCCAAUGCCAACCCUGCCAGAAGUCGAUCCAUAUGAAGAGAUGGAGAAAGAAGCAAGGUCAAGAACAGAUGACAAUGUAGCAAGGGAGAUUCGUAAUUUGAAGGAAGCUUUCAAAAAUAUCCAAGUCCAUAAGGGGGUUGAAGGUCUUGAAUAUGAGGAUUUAUGUGUUCAUCCCGAUGUUGAAUUACCCGUGGGGUAUAAGGUACCAAAAUUUGAUGUAUUUGAUGGGAAGGGAAAUCCUCGAGCCCAUUUAAGGUCGUAUUGUGACAAGUUAGUUGGAGUGGGGAAAGAUGAGGCCAUUAGAAUGAAGUUGUUUAUAAGGAGUUUGACAGGAGAGGCCCUUGAUUGGUACACGAGUCGAGAUCCACAGAAAUGGAAUAGUUGGGGUGCGAUGGCGCAAGAAUUCAUGGAUAGGUUCAAGUUUAACACUGAGGCAAUUCCGGACAGGUUCUACUUGAUGAAGUUGGAAAAGAAGUCAACAGAGUCAUUCAGAGAGUAUGCAAUGCGGUGGAGAGCAGAUGCCGCAAAAGUUCAACCUCCAAUGGCAGAAAGUGAGAUGACCUCUCUUUUUAUACAAUCCCAAAAAGAUGCAACGUACUAUGAAAAGAUGAUAAGUGUUGUAGGGCAAAAGUUCUUUGAGGUUGUCAGGAUGGGAGAAUUUAUUGAAGAAGGUAUUAAAACUGGGAGAAUCACUAAUUUGGCAGCCCUGCAGGCGACAAGUAAGGCAAUUCAGUCGGAUUCAAUCGGAGGAGCCCUUAAGAAGAGGAAGGACGGUGUGUCUGCUGUCAUGACCAUCCAGGAACGUAGGCCAAACCAAAUGUUAACCUACCAAAACCCAUUACCCCAACCUUCAUACUACAGUCAGUAUACCCAAAUUCCUCAACCCUAUUAUCAACCUUCACCUGCCCCUUACCCAGUUUACACCACCCAACCAACAUAUUGUCCACCUAGAGCACCUGCCUAUUCAAAUCAAUCACGAUACCAACCCGCAUAUCCAGCCCAAUCCCACUACCAACCACAAAACCGUCCAUCAAAUGCACUCAGACCCCGCCCAAACUUUGAAAGAAGACCAGCCAAAACUUAUACACCUUUAGCCGAACCUUUAGCCCAACUAUAUGAACGGUUGAGAACUGCAGGAGUAGUCCAGCCAAUCCAAGGACGAAUUCCCAAUCCCCUUCCUGGAUGGUAUGACGAGACCAAGCACUGUGCAUAUCACUCUGGAGCUGCUGGACAUGAUACUGAAAGUUGCCUUACUCUUAAAGACAAGAUUGAGGCAUUGAUCAAAGAAGGAAUCAUUCAACUCAAAGGUGUUGCCCCCAAUGUAAACAACAACCCGCUGCCAAAUCAUGGCAAUGUUCACAUGAUCACCGUUGAUGAAGAUUGCAAUUUGGAAGGAACCAUAGUACCAGUCAAGAUAGAGAAGAAUGUUGAGACAUCGGCCUUUAUCGCUCCAAUAAUCACAGUCCAAGUACGAGCGCCAAUUAAAGUGGAAGCUUUUCUUCCUAAGCCUAAGAUCGUGGCCCUUGCCGUUCAAUCAUCCCCUUUUGACACUAAUGCAGUUCCUUGGAAUUACUCGAUGGAUGCAAGGGACAAAGGAAAAGGAAAGAUAGUUGUAGAAGCUGCUGCUGCAGGAAUGACAAGAUCCGGACGUUGUUAUGCCCCUGAAGAAGUUGUACGAGGAGGACCAAACAAGGAAAAUAACCAAAAAAGGGUUGUGACAGAGGCUGAAGUGGAAGAUUUCUGGAGGAAGAUGCCAACUAAGGAAUAUUCAGUUGUUGAACAGCUAAAGAAAACUCCUGCUCAAAUUUCCUUAAUGGCCUUAUUGAUGAAUUCUGCAACUCAUAGGAAUGCUUUGGUAAAGGUUUUAAAUGAAGCUUAUGUUCCAGCUGAGACCACUAGUGAGAGCUUUUCUACCAUGGUAGGACAAGUUUUGGAAGCUAACAAAGUCACCUUUCAUGAAGAUGAGUUGUUGCCUGAAGGUUUGGGACAUAACAAAGCGUUGAACAUUACUGUCAGAUGUAGGGAUAAGUUUAUUUCCAGAGUUCUGAUUGAUAAUGGUUCAGCUGUUAACAUAUGCCCUUUCACUACUCUUCGAGCUUUGGGAAUUGACAUUGGAAAGAUUCGUGAAAGUCAUGUAAGGGUUAGAGGAUUUGAUGGGACACAAAGGGGAGUCAUUGGGGAAAUUGAUCUGCCAUUGCAAAUUGGACCUGUGGAGUUCAUUGUAGAAUUCCAAGUGUUGGAUAUAUCUGCUAGUUAUAAUUUGUUACUUGGAAGGCCAUGGAUUCAUAUGGCUGGUGCGGUCCCUUCCACUUUGCACCAGACUUUGAAAUUUGUGUGGAACCAUCAGGAAAUUGUUGUUCAUGGAGAAGGUAACAACUCAAUAUAUCCUGAAAAUUCAGUCCCUGUUAUUGAAAGUAUGGAAGAGUUGGAUGGGUCUGUAUUCCAUAUUAAGGAAAUUGUGUGUGCUACUCAAGUUGGAAAGGCAAAUUUGCCACGUGUGCUUAUGAUGGUGGCUUGGGAAAUGUUGAAGAAUGGUUUUAUCCCGGGUCAAGGUCUUGGAGCGAAAUUGGAUGGAAUAGUGGAACCAAUUCAAUUGCCUGGUCAGAAAUACACCUUUGGUCUUGGAUACGAGCCUACUCCUGAAGAAAUCUCGUCGGCCAAUCUCAAAAGGAAAAGUGACAAUCCCUUACCACAACCUAUCCCGCCCUUGAAUCAGUCAUUUUCCAAGGCGUUUGCUGCAGAAGGAUUAGAAGAAGCUGUUGAAGAUAACCUCACAGAAGGACUCAAAAACUUGUUCAUUGAAGAAACGGAAUGCAAUAUGAUUUUGGAGGACUGCACUGAGGCCCCGACCAUAUGGGAUGCCAUGCCUGGAGAUGCUUUGAACAAUUGGACUUGUAACCCGUCCCCGUUCCUCCGGGAAUCUUGCAAGCAAACUAAUAAAUCUGUCAAUGCCGAGAAUGUGACAUGUAAUGAAACGAGCGAACAAACCCCGAACAGUGAACAAACUUUUGCAGAAUAUGAAGAAGAUAUGCAGUCUGGAGAGUUGACCAAGGAGUUUGAACAUUUUGAGAAUAAAGAAAAGCCAAACUUGGAUGAAACAGAGACGAUAAAUUUGGGAGAUUCAGCAGAGUUGGUGAGAGAUACAAGAAUUAGUGUCCAUUUGACUUCGUCCCAAAGAAAAGAACUUAUUGAUCUUUUGAGACAAUACAUGGACGUGUUCGCAUGGUCUUACGAUGAUAUGCCAGGUCUAAGCACGGAUAUUGUUUCACACAGAUUGCCAAUUGAUCCCUCUUGCCCCCCAGUAAAGCAAAAGCCGAGAAAGAUCAAGCCUGAUUUGAGUUUAAAGGUUAAGGAAGAAGUCUCCAAGCAAUUUGAUGCCAAUGUCAUUCGGGUCACCAAGUAUCCCACGUGGUUGGCCAACAUAGUACCAGUGCCAAAGAAAGAUGGAAAAAUCAGAGUAUGCGUAGAUUAUCGAGAUCUCAACAAGGCUAGCCCGAAGGAUGAUUUUCCUCUCCCAAACAUUCAUAUACUUAUUGAUAAUUGUGCAAAGCAUGAGUUGCAGUCAUUUGUUGAUUGCUUUGCAGGAUAUCAUCAGAUUCUAAUGGAUGAAGAAGAUGCGGAGAAAACUGCAUUCAUCACGCCUUGGGGAGUGUAUUGUUAUCGGGUAAUGCCUUUUGGACUCAAGAAUGCAGGGGCAACAUGUAUGAGAGCUAUGACUACCAUAUUUCAUGAUAUGAUCCAUAAGGAGAUUGAAGUUUAUGUAGAUGAUGUCAUCAUCAAGUCACGGAAGAGCUCAGAUCAUAUAAGAGAUUUGAAGAAGUUCUUUGACAGAUUAAGGCGGUACAAUCUGAAGUUAAAUCCUGCAAAGUGUGCAUUUGGUGUCCCUGCCGGGAAGCUGUUGGGUUUCAUCGUGAGUAGGAAAGGGAUAGAGUUGGAUCCUUCAAAGAUAAAGGCUAUUCAAGACUUGCCUCCUCCAAAGAGUCGAAAGGAUGUAAUGAGUUUUCUUGGCCGCCUCAAUUACAUUAGUCGAUUCAUUGCACAAUCUACUGUAAUUUGCGAGCCAAUCUUCAAGUUGCUGAGGAAAGAUGCUGCAACAAAAUGGACGGAAGAUUGUCAGAAAGCUUUUGACAGAAUCAAAGAGUAUUUAUCUAGUCCACCAGUCUUGGUGCCCCCAGAAUCUGGAAGACCGUUGUUGUUGUAUUUGUCAGUGUCUGACAAUGCAUUCGGAUGUGUGCUGGGACAACAUGACGAAACUGGAAAGAAGGAGCAAGCUAUAUAUUACUUGAGCAAAAAGUUCACUCCUUAUGAAGCUCAGUAUACUUUAUUGGAGCGCACUUGUUGUGCUUUGACUUGGGUUGCACAAAAGCUGAGACAUUAUUUAUGUGCAUAUACCACUUUUCUCAUCUCAAGGAUGGAUCCACUCAAGUAUAUAUUUCAGAAGCCUAUGCCCACUGGAAGGUUGGCGAAGUGGCAAAUUUUGCUAUGUGAAUUCGACAUUGUUUAUGUCACUCAAAAGGCCAUCAAGGGACAAGCGCUAGCUGAUCAUCUCGCUGAAAAUCCCGUGGAUGAAGAGUACAUGCCUCUUAAAACUUAUUUCCCUGAUGAAGAGGUUUUAUUUAUUGGAGAGGAUAUUUCCGAAGAAUAUCCCGGUUGGAGAAUGUUUUUUGAUGGUGCUGCGAAUUCCAAAGGAGUCGGUGCUGGAGCAGUGUUGAUUUCAGAAUCAGGUCAACAUUAUCCUAUCUCAACAAAGUUCAGAUUCCUAUGCACAAAUAAUAUGGCGGAGUACGAGGCUUGUAUUCUUGGGCUUAGAAUGGCUGUUGACAUGAAUAUACAAGAAUUGUUGGUUAUAGGUGAUUCCGACUUAUUGAUUCAUCAGGUUCAAGGCGAAUGGAGCACCAAGAAUGUGAAGAUACUCCCGUAUUUGUUGUGUGUGAAAGAAUUGUGCAAGAAAUUCGUCAAGGUAGAAUUCAAGCAUAUUCCACGAGCUCAGAACGAGUUUGCAGAUGCGUUGGCAACCCUGGCUUCUAUGAAUCAACAUCCAGACAAGAACUACAUAGAUCCAAUCAAGGUCAAUGUGCAAGAUCAGCCAGCCUAUUGUUUCCAUGUAGAUGAAGAACCGGAUGGAGAACCUUGGUACUAUGACAUUAAGAGGUAUCUUAGAAAAGGAGACUAUCCAGAAGGAGUAAACAAUGUUCAAAAGAAAACACUUCGGAGACUCGCAAAUCACUUUUUCCUAAAUGGGGAAAUCCUUUAUAGGAGGACUCCAGAUUUGGGAUUGUUAAGAUGUGUUAACUCUCACGAGGCAAGCAAGUUGAUUGAAGAAAUACAUGGGGGUACAUGUGGGCCACACAUGAAUGGUUUCACUUUGGCAAAGAAGAUUCUACGAGCUGGAUAUUUUUGGAUGACCAUGGAAACAGAUUGCAUCCGUUUUGUGAGAAAGUGUCAUCAAUGUCAGAUUCAUGGUGAUUUGAUUCGGGUUCCACCGAAUGAGCUAAAUGUGACGAGUUCUCCUUGGCCAUUUGCAGCUUGGGGCAUGGAUGUCAUUGGCCCUAUUGAGCCAGCCGCCUCAAAUGGACACAGGUUCAUUCUGGUAGCUAUUGAUUACUUCACAAAGUGGGUAGAAGCAUCUUCAUACAAGUCUGUGACAAAGAAGGUGGUGACAGAUUUUGUUCGCAAUAACAUCAUUUGUAGAUUUGGGAUCCCCGAGUCAAUUAUUACAGAUAAUGGAGCUAAUCUCAAUAGUGGCUUGAUGCAUGAGAUAUGCGAGAAGUUCAAAAUUAUUCACCGCAAUUCCACUCCUUAUCGACCUCAGAUGAAUGGAUCAGUUGAGGCCGCCAACAAAAAUAUUAAGAGGAUAUUGCGGAAAAUGAUUGAUAACUACAAGCAUUGGCAUGAGAGUUUGUCCUUUGCCCUUCUUGGCUACCGCACCACAAUCAGGACUUCGACUGGGGCAACACCUUAUCUUUUGGUUUAUGGAACAGAAGCAGUGUUACCAAUGGAAGUCGAGAUACCAUCUCUGAGGAUCAUCCAAGAAGCUGAGUUAAGUGAUGCCGAGUGGACGCAAAAUCGGUAUGAACAAUUGAUGCUCAUUGAUGAAAAAAGAAUGAAUGCGGUUUGUCACAGACAACUUUAUCAACACAGGAUGGCCAAAGCUUUCAACAAGAAAGUAAGAUUGAGACAGUUUGAACCGGGACAAUUGGUGUUGAAGCGAAUAUUUCCACACCAAGAUGAAGCUAAGGGAAAGUUUGCACCUAAUUGGCAAGGACCUUACAUGGUUCACCGAGUACUGACUGGAGGAGCUUUGAUUCUAGCAGAAAUGGAUGGCAAGAUAUGGCCAAAAGCUAUCAAUGCAGAUGCGGUUAAGAGAUACUACAUCUAG